AUGCUUCUCGCUAGCUCAGCGGCUGGCGUCGGACUAGCUGCCCAACCGUCCUCAUGCUGGAGGAGCGGACACUUCGAAACAUUGGUCACGUUCGGCGACAGCUACACGGAUGAAAACCGGCUUGGAUACUUCAUCAACAACAAUGGCUCGGCACCUCCCGUUGGAUGGGAUGGAGGAGUAACCAACAUCGCUGUAAUGAUUUCUAACACGAACCAGGGUUAUGCAACUGCAUCUGGUGGUCUAUCAUGGGCACGAUAUGCCGCCAUUUACACCAGCGCAAAUUUGUACAACUACGCAGUCUCCGGCGCCGUUUGCUCCAAUCAAGUCACACCUCGACUUUUCGCUGCCAUUAAAGCGCCAUUCCCAGACAUUGACAGCUACGAGCUUCCAGCCUUCAUCGCCGACUCCAACUAUACCACGGCUAACGGCACCAAAUUCUUCACCGGAACACCUGACAACACCGUCUAUACCAUCUGGAUUGGCACCAACGAUCUCGGCAACGAUGCCUUCCUGACCGAUAGCCAGAUCAAGGGCAAAACCGUCGCCGACUACAUGGACUGCGUGUACAACCAGAUCUCGAGAUUGUACGCCAACGGCGGCCGCUACUUCGUUAUCAUGAACCUAGCACCCCUAAACCUGCUGCCUCAGUACGCACUACCCGAAGACGGCGGCCUCCCAGCAACCCAGUUUUUCCCUACUAAGCAAGGCAUGAACGCCACUGCCAUCAACGGCCGUAUGCAUGAGACCGUCGCCGCGUUGAACCAAGUCUACGAGUACCGUACGCCGUAUGAAGUAACGUUCAACCAAACGUGGGACGACAUCAACGUUGCGAGCUUUGACGUCAAUUCUUUGAUGACAGACAUCUAUCACAACCCUGCAAAGUACUUUAAUGGGACGGCGCCGCCUAAUGUCCAGGGCGUGGUGAACCUAUGUGAUGCGCAGACGAGUUCGAAUUGUACGCUGGCGGAUAGCCCGGAUAGUUAUGAGUGGUAUGAUCCGCUGCAUCCGAGUGAGCAGACGAGCCGCGUCAUUGCGAGGGAGUUCGCGAAUGUCAUUGCGGGCAAUAGCACGUAUGCGACUUACUGGGGCUAGGAAGAGGAAGUCGGCUUGCUGGUAGAUGCGGGAUGUCGCGUUGUAAAUCUCGUUUGCCUACGGCGCUUCUUCCUGUCAGGUCAAUUAUCGUAGCAUUCGUGAUAAACAUGAUGCAACUUGUCUCCA